UUAAGCCAUUUGAGGUAUAUGAAUCAAAAGAUGGUUGGCCAAGAGGAAUUGUGGUAUUUAAUGGUCAUGGUGCAGACUCUGGACCAAAAGAAACAUCUCCAGAAACCUCUGUACCAGGUACAGAAAGUGAAGGUAGUCCUCAUGAACAAUCACCAACGUUUAGUGGGAAAUUACAUGAACCAUCUCCAAAUAUCCACGGCACGUCUCAGACAAUUAUGCGAUCAAUGUUUA